CGAGGAGAUUGCGAUGCUGAGUAGCAAACUGCCGACGCCGAAGGUGGUCGUGGAAUGGUGUCCCAAUGACAGCGGUAUAUUCGCUGUGGGGUCUGAUGCGCUUACCCUGUUCGAAUGCCAGUCUGAUCGUGAUGUGCCGUCGUCGAUUCCAUCAACACCUGGCUUGGGAGUUCGGCCGUCACUGGGGCCGUCGUCUCCGCGCAGAACAACCCAGCGCCGAAGCAAGAACUACUUUCGUUCGCUCCAGACGGACGCUGAGGUGACCCAAGUACGAAGCAUGCAAUGGUGUCCACUUCCAAAGCAAUUGAUUGCUGCAGGAGUUGGGACUGGCAAGGUCGUCCUGUCAGAUUUCACACAACCUGUCGUGGAAUUGCUACCUCCUCGAACAUCAAGCAGUUUGAGCAACAUUUCUGGGAAGGCGCCACGACCGUCGAUGCAUGGAACUAUCGGAUGCAACACUGUGGCGUGGAACCAACAGAAUCCCCAACUUAUCGCCGCCGGAUUUGAAAAAGUCCGCGCCGACUGUUGCGCAUUCGUGUGGGACCUGACCACCCAAGCGUCGAUUUCUUCGGUAGCUUCCACUCCCUUCGAUGCGCUAGACUCGUCAAAGUCCAGCUCGUACCGCGGCCACGGCUUUUCGUCGCCGCAACAGCGACCAACUCUAACCAACGAACUUGCCAACUCCGAAGCGGUUGUCGCCUUGGACUGGCUUCCAUCUGAACCGUCGUGCUUGGCGACAGGCACUGGUUUUCGAUGGCUUCGUAUCUACGACGUGCGCGCCAAGACUCGAUUCAUGGAGUUUAGUGCCCACACAAAAGGUGUGUUCGGCGUCGUAUUUGACGUGCACCGGCCGCACCUUCUUGCCACAUACAGUGACGACCCAAAGGAGCCCAUCAAAGUGUGGGAUAUUCGAUCGAUCCAAGGCGCUCGGCAUGACAACGAGCCAGUCGUAACGAUUCCUGUGUCAAAGGUCGUGUCACAAAUUGCUUGGUCCCCGACCCAAGCAGGAAUUUUGGCAUCGACAGCGCUCGACGACCGGGCGAUUUCCCUGUGGGACAUUGAGCACCAAAUCCAGCUCAUGUCGUCGGCCACAUCCGUCAUCAGUAAACCAUUCAAGCGCCGGUCGACGCAGGAACCCGUGUUUGCAUUUUCGUGGCAGGCGUCCAACACGUCGAACGAAGAUCAAGCACAAACGAUGGGGGAUUCGAACCAAAUGCUCCUGGCGAUUGUGGGAGGCAAGGUCGAGACGUUGUCGAUCCAUGACACGAUGCCGCUCGCGCUGUCGUCGCAACACGUGCUUGGAUUUGCAUGUGGAACGCUGUUGUACGCCGACCCGGUCGAGAAUCCCGACGACAUUGCCAUGACCAUGAUGCGCAGGGUCCGCGCGGGGUACUCGAUGAAUGUCCUCACGUCGCUGCAGCUAUUCACGCAGGACGACCCGACCACGAGGGACAUGCGGUUUGUAUGGCAGUGGGUUGACCAAGUCGAGUCGCUGCGCCGUCUCUCGGUGGCCCAAACCGACGUUCCCACUCAUGAAUGUAGAGGUAGCAUGGGGAUUCAGCAACGCGCGCCACUACGAGAGUGGCCCGUCAAUCCUCAAGCCCUCGUAACCUCUGGCGUUCAGCACUUGCUUGGCCUCACCCAGGUCCCGUCGACGACAGUGCCUUAUGAGACAUCGCUACGGGACCCGGUGCUAGGAUGCCUCGUUUACGAUAGCACGGGGCGUCGCACGGCUCUUCUUGCAUGUCAGUGGGACCCUGAUGGCAGCACGUCGAUGCUGCAUUUCAACAGCAUUCCGCGACCCGCCUCAAUCAAAUUUGGUCUGAACCAAUUGUAUGACGACGGGGAAUCGAAUGCGGGCAACUUGAAUGCUGCCCCUAUACCCCAUCCACAUCACGCCGCCAUGCCAACGUUGCACACUCUAAUCACUCAAUGUGAAGCCGCUUUCGAUUUUGACCGUGCGGCGGCACUCGCGGUGUUUCAUGGAGAUAUCCAAGCAGCCGUGGCAGUCCUCCAGCGUGGUGCCGAGUGCCCGACCCCGUCCCCGACUCGCGACGUUCGCCAACUGGUGGCGAUGGCCGUAGCUGGGUACUCCAUCGGCACCACCGCUCAUAACCCUCUGUGGAGCUCCAUGUGCCAUCAGUUGCUGCGACGGCCUGAAAUCCAAAAUCCCGGCACGCCGCGAUACUUGCACGCGCUGUGCUCGUUUCUUGUCGCUGCAAAGGAACUCAGCACAGCCACUCAAGCAUCGUCCAUGGGAACACGGUCUUCCCGAACCAGCCUCUCGAAUGCCUCGCUCGCCUAUCGUCGACCAUCCACUGUGCAGUCGUCUCCCGAAGACCCGCCUCUCUUCACGUCCAUUUUGCACGACGAAACCCUUCUUUUGUCGGAUCGAACCGCGUUUGCCUGUCGGUACCUGCCUCUGGACGCCCUCACACGUUUCAUCGACAUUUGCGUCGAGACGUGCACGCGCCAAGGCAACUUGCAAGGGCUCUUGCUUGUUGGGCUUGAACCGACGAUUUUGCAAGAGUACUUGGAUCGAACAGGCGACAUCCAGACCGUAGCGCUGCUUGUCGCCCGCGUGUCGGCCAUGCCAGAGGACACUGCCGCGGUGUAUGCGAAAUGGAUUGGCAUGUACCGCGAUUUGCUCAACCAGUGGCAGCUGUUUCACCAGCGCGCACUCUUUGACGUUGGGCGAACCCAACUGGAAGACCAGCUCAAGGGAUUUCGCGACGUUGCUCUUAGCCUUGGACACGCAAUGGCGACGCCCACCGCACCCAACGAGACUCGUGCAGCGCCACCGCCACCUCCCCAUCUUUACGUGCGAUGUAAUUUUUGUGGGUCGCCGUUGACGCUGUCCAGCUUGGUGCGGGUUGGAGCUGGCGACUGGCUACUCAAAGCAAAACAGAAGCUCAACAACUGCUCGAGCUGCAAGCGGCCGCUGCCCCAAUGCGCUCUGUGCUUGCUCCCAUUUGGCACACUCAACCCGUACUUGGAGCUCGCGAUGCGCAAAGGCCAAGACAAGAAAUCUCUUGAACACGAUGCUACGACGACGUCGCCAGCGACCGCAGAUAAUCUCGCGGACUUGUCGAGCAUUCCGUUCGUCGAGUGGUUUACGUGGUGCCAAACUUGCCGACAUGGGGGACACGCCCAUCACAUGGCGGAUUGGUUUGCCACGCAUGAAGUGUGUCCUGUGUCUGACUGCGACUGCACAUGCAAACGCUUGGAUGUCAACAGCAUCGGACGGUCAACGGCGCUGCCCGCACCAGACAAGCCAACCCCCGACACGGCGACGGUGACGUCUCCAGUCCUGGCGAGUGGGUCGCACCAUGCACCCGACAGCCGAUCGCCCACUGUGCAAGCACUCCAAUCGACAUUGUCGAGCUUCAAUCCCCCAACCUUUUAGGCAUUGUGUAGAUGCCGCAACAUACGGCAAAUCGUCCUCUGUUUUUGUAACGCGACUAACAUGACCCACGAGAUGAUAACGU